AUUAGAUCCUCUUUUGUGUACUUUCUCAUUCCAAUAAAGAGUUCAAGUAAGAGAAGAGAGAAAAAAGCACAAAAGGGGUCAAUUACAGCAAUGGCGAGGUUCACACAAGUUGCAAUCAUCUUAGCUGUAGCACUCUGCUUCCUCGACGUUGCCGCCUCCCAUGCCCCUAAAUUCGUUGUUGAUGGAAAGGUCUAUUGUGAAGUCUGUCGUGCCAAUUUCACCAACAGAUAUAGCGAGCCUAUGCCAGGAGCAAAAGUGAAGUUGGAAUGCAAAAACGAGGUGACCGAGAAAGUGACAUACACCUUGGAGGGUGAGACCAACGACAAGGGAGUGUACACAUUGACGGCAGAAGGUGAUCAUGGCAGCGAGGACUUGUGUGCAGUGACAUUGGUGAAGAGCAGCAUGGCAGACUGCGCUGAGAUUCCAGAUGAGAAGCCUGCAGCUGAAGUCACCCUCACCCUGAACAAUGGCUUCCAUGAUGAGUUCCGCCACGCCAACCCUCUCGCCUUCACCAGGAAGGAAGCCCUGCCCGAGUGCGCUGAGCUCUUCAAGGAGCUUGAAGAGGCUAAGAAAGAUGAAUAGAUCUUACUUUGAUGCAAUUAUGUAUGAGCUUCAUUUCUUUAAGUUGUGAACUACAAAACCCUAAUAAAAUAUAACAUUUAUGUACAUGAAAGUGUAAAACGUUUCACGUUUGCCAAACAUACUCAAUCAUGUUGACCAUCUUGAUUACUA